CUGCUUAUUACUUCAUGUAAACAUUUACAUUCUUUUCCUUAUGCGCAUUUUCAUAGAAAGGAUUCCAAAGUUUUUACGUAUUCUGUAUUUAAUUUUAACGCAUUACAACCCUUUACUUUAUUAUUUAUAUAUUUUUUGACAUAUAAUCUUCUAAAUAGGCUAAAAUUAUUGAUUAAUAAAUGUUUAUGGUUUUUUCAGCUCUGGUUGCUCAAAGUGCCUUAGGAAUGGCCUACAGAUACAAAAGACAGACUAGUGAUGACGAAGACAAUCUCGAAGACCGGUAUGGUUCUCCGGAUAAUUUCCAAAGGCGUCCUUUUCCAAGACCGAAUCGGUUCCCUGGCAUGAAUCAGUUUCCCGGUCAAAAUCAGUUGCCAGGACAGAACCAAUUUCCUGGCCAAAAUCAGUUCCCCGGUCAGAAUCAGUUCCCAGGACAAAACCAGUUCCCCGGUCAGAAUCAGUUCCCAGGGCAAAACCAAUUCCCCGGUCAGAAUCAGUUCCCAGGGCAAAACCAGUUCCCUGGACAGAAUCAGCCUGGACAAAAUCAGCCUGGAAAUCUGGCGACCUGUCUGAGCAAUUGCCCAGUGACCCCGGAAUACAAUCCAGUGUGCGGCACAGAUAACGUGGUAUACCCUAAUCCAGGCAGGCUUAACUGUGCUCAGGCUUGUGGCGUCAAUGUAAAUCUACUGAGAGUGGCGCCCUGUCCUAGUUCUACCACCGCUGCACCGACUAAUUUUUAAAUUUAUAAGUCUAGUCUAAAUGUAAGAAAACAUAGUGUUUCAUGACAAAUUGCCAUAAAAAUCACAUAUUUUUUUGAAUAUAUAUACUAAAUUCCGUCUUUCAUCCGACACAAUAUUUAAGAAAAUACUCAUCGAAUUAGGAGUAUGUGAGCAUUUUUUCGACCGCGAAAAACGGAAUUGAUUGUUUGUGGCCGAAUGCUAAUUAGUUUAAAAUGGAACAGCAUUCAAUUUUAAAUGAGAUCUUUUCCUAACUUUAACAUUGCUAUUUAAAAAAAGAAUUUUAAUUGUUUUAACUGCCAUUUUAGUAGAUAAUUUCCUUGUAGAUUUUUUUAAAGACAAACAAAUAAUGUAAGUUACAAAUACAUGGAUGAUAAAUAAAAUGUGG